UAAACCCCCCGCCCACAGACCCCCACAACCACAGCCAUAUUUGUGGGAAAGAGGCCUUUGUCCCUAUCAACAUUGGGACAAUGUGCUUUGUACCCCCUCAUGUUGAGUGUAUGUGUCCUGUUAUGGUUCGGGAGGGGGGGGUGCUCGCUUGUCCCCCUCCCUUUCCUGACCUGCCAGGCUACAAGCUCAGAUAAGGGUCUGGUAUGGAUUUUGGGAGAGACCCCCCACGCCAUUUGUUUUUUAAAUUUUGGCGUGGGGGUUCCCCUCAAAAUCCAUACCAGACCCAAAGGUCUUGGUAUGGAUGGGGGGGGGGACCCC